AUGCUGGCCUUCAGAGUUUUUUKCUUACUUUUACUCGCCACAGGGACAAAAUGCAAGAGCUCUUCGGCCGCGCUCAAGCUACUUGAAAAGGAAGCCAAGACCGCAAWGUGCAAGUCUACUAACUUCGAUAGRUUAAUGAUUUCAAGAGCURAAGGUUCCGACAAAAAACUUUUAUCAUGUCUUAUUAAGUCKCUGGAUCAAACUAAAAAUGAYGGCUUCUUGUGGAGUUUAUUGGGUGAAGUGUUUGCAAGGAKAGGCGAAAGAUUGAAAGCAAAUGUUUGCUACAAGGAAUCAAUYAGAYURAUGGGWAAAGUUUCUAAGUACRUCAAAAAAUGGCAUUACAUUGGUCCUUUUACCAUCGGAAAGAAUGAGAUCGAUGGKGAUCCACUUCAAGAUUGGAAKGGGAUUCAAAAUGUUUCCAGACAUCGCUGGGAUAAGAAAAGAAAUACAUUUUAUUCCGAAGUAACCAAAGGAGGAGAAAUUCAAUGGAAAGUCAUUAACAUGAAUACUGCUAGCGAACCUAUAAAUAUUCCUUCAAAUGCUGAUUGGARUGAUUUGAUAAUGAGUUUGCAAUCAUUAGGUAUUGCCGAGUGGCAGGGAUGGAUUGUGGGUGAUUUUGUACUAAAUGAAGACAGUGCCAUUCUAGUUCAGUGUUUAGGUGCCAGUACUGUGUAUAUCAAUGAUACUCUAAUYACUGGUGAUCUUUACAAGAGAAGGGAAUUCUGGCAUCCUGURCAUCUUAAAAGAGGUAUCCACUCAGUCAUKAUCAAGCUGCGCUCAAAAGCAACACUAGCUCUUCACUUUCAUCUCAGUCAAGCUCAAGAGAAAGYUACCGUCAAUGUACUAAAUCCRCCAUUUCUUCCUGAUCUUGUUAAUGGRAAAYUGUUUAGCARUCUUAUCUCCYUWCCAGUGCAAAACCUUCAUCACAGCAACUGGCUUAAAAUUAUAAAGGUGUCCAUAAGAAGUAAAGAUUCAAUUUUUAAARCAUCUUUAUUUGGUGAACUCAACAAGCUCUCAAUAGCACCAGGUCAAAUUAAACCUAUUAUUAUUAAAAUUGAUUACAAAAAUGCUAAACUGAGAAAUGAAGGCAGUGAAGAAGAUUGCAAAGAUACAGAGUUAAAUUUAAAGUUAUCCUUUAAAGGGAAAGAUGAGAAAGUUAACUUGGUUUUAAGGUGCAGAAAGCUGUCAGAAUCAUUUUUGUUCACCUUUUUGGAUCACGAUGGGUCCGUUCAACAUGGUGCAGCUAUUGCACCACUGAAAGGCUGUCAAUCAGGAGUUUGCCCAGUACUUUUGACUCUCCAUGGAACAACUGUUUCACCUCAAAGUCAAGCAGACAGCUACAAGAGAAUGGAAGAUGGGCAAUGGRUCUUUGGACUGGACAACCUUUGGGUGCUUGCACCAACACGGCAUGGGGCUCAUAACUGGGAGGGACCAGGAAAGCUCACUGCAAUGAAGGCACUUGAAUCAUUUUCACUAUUAACCAAAGAAAGCUCAUUUAUUGAAUACAAAGCCGAUGGCCACAAAAUGGUCGUUGCAGGCCAUUCAAUGGGAGGUCAUGGCGCCUGUGCUGGUCGAAUUGCUGAGAGUCCUUUUUUGAUCGUGACAGGGACAGUCAAUGAUACAAGCACGACAAACACCCUUCGUCAGUUUGCUGUUUACAUCGCUAAUCAGUUUCAACUGACGUCAGACGCCUUGGCUCACGUGAUCACCGAUAAGGACUUGGACGAAGCGACCGCCGAUAAUUACAACUUGAUUGUCAUUGGUAAUCCAGAACAGAAUUCAUGGACAAGUCGUUUUCAACAAAACAUUCCAAUCAAGUUUGGAGAAAAUCAGAUUGAAUUACGAAGCUGUCGAUACCAGGCCGCCCGAACUGGCGCCAUUUUCCUUGCUCCCCAUGCUGGUAGUGGACUGGCUCUAGUUUUGACAGGGAACUCUCUUCUAGGACUACAAGACAUUGUUCUCCUUGCAACGCCUACAAUUCUACCCAUGGCAAGGUCUCCGUUCUCAAAUAUGAUCCCUGAUUAUACCAUCACUGGUCCGGACUUUGGUGCGCGUGGUCCAGGGGGAUAUCUUUGUACGGGAUUCUGGGGCAAUCAUUGGGAUUACAGACCUGAACUUAGUUCAUGUUGGUGUUAAUGGGGUAAAGCCUGUUUUUUUAGUCAUUAAAAGGGUUAGAGUGAUAAUAAGUUGCUCCAUCACUAACUUUCAUGUAAACCCGGGUGGAUUGCGUUAUCUUUUGAUUGUUCGGAUCCCUAUUUUUGGUUUACAGUCAUGGGACUACAUCGCCUUCGGGAAAUUACAGAACUGAACAAAAUAAGGCAGCCAAAGAGGUGCACUUAACAAUGAAAGUUUAUGAGAAAUUAAAUCAUAUUUCUGUCAUGUUCUGUUUGGUGUACACCGAAUAAACCUUUUUUGAAAUAUAAAAUUAUGGUUCAUUGUGGUCUAGAUUCAGUACAAGUAACACCCUAUUUGGCUACAUUAACUUUCGUUGUUUGUACCGAGCCUAAACCAUAAUGCAAUGCAUAAUACUAUUUCAGAAAAGGCCUAUAUAUGACGUCACAAUCUAACCMAUAAUAAUCCAAGYACAUAGYACUUAACGUCACAGUUUUCGAGCCAUGAAGUAAUUCGAUUAAAAUUUUUAAGAGUAUAUUUUAAGAGUAUUUUAUUUAUU